AUGUCAUCGGAUGUCCAUAUUUACCGCUUCGUCAGCGAGUUUACGAUUGAGGAGAACAUGCUGAAGAAGGCCAACCAGAAGCGCAUGCUGGACAAUGUCGUCAUCCAGGAGGGAGAGUUCACAACGGACUACUUUCAAAAGAUGGACUGGCGAGAUAUGUUGGCAGAGGAGGAUCUGGCCAAAAUUGGCGAUCUGGGACCUACUCAAGCCAAUGGCGAGCCUCAGGAUAUCUCGACUGUCCAUGGCACUGAUUUGGAACAGGCAUUGGCGGCGGCUGAGGAUGAGAACGAUGUCCUGGCGAUGCAGCAGGCCAAGCAUGAGAUGGAGGGCGUCGAUAUUGGAGACUUUUCGGAGGCGGGAGUAGCUGCUGCUGCCGGUGCUGGUCCUAAUGGUUCGACUGAACCUUCCAAGGCUGGCAAGGGCGACAAGGGUGGAAAGCAUGGCGAGUCUGGUGAGACACGCGUCCAGUUUGAGGCUUCGUCGAAUUCGAACGCUGUCGACGAAGAAGAGGGUGAGGUGAUUGAGAUGGGCCAUGUUGACGAGUACAUGUUGCGGUUCAUGGAGCGGGAGUAUGGCCACUAUGUUGGAUUUGGCGGUCUGCCCAAGCCUGUCAAGUUGGAUGAGGUCGACGAUGAGGAGGAUGAUCAGAUGGAGGCGGAUGAGGAUGAAGAGGAGGAGGAAGAAGAGGAGGAUGAGUACGAUAUCGAAGAUGAUGAUAGCGACUCUGGACAAGAAGGAGGAGAGGAGGAUAGCUCUGACGAGGAGGAAGAUGGUGGCGGAUCUAAUACGAUGGCGAAGGGUAAGGGAAGGAAGGAAAACGACGACGACAACGAGGACGAGGAUGCUAGAGUCGAGGCGAUGGAGGAAGACGAUUAA